AUGCCUCAGUGGGGUGGUGGCGGUGACAAAUGUCAACGUUGUGAAAAAACGGUAUAUGCAAAUGAAGCCGUGUCAGCAUGCAGUGCCAAAUGGCAUAAAGGAUGCUUUAAAUGCAAAACUUGUAAUGGUUUAUUAACAUUGGUAUCAUAUAAAGAUUUUCAAAAUGAUAUUUAUUGUAAAAGUUGUUAUCAGGAUAAAUUGCAUCCUCAUGAACGUAAUCGUAAACAACUUGAAAAGAAUUUUUCACGUCAACCUGGUGGUGAUCAAGCUGCAGGAGCAUCCAAAGGAGCAGCGAGUGAAGAGAAUGCCGGAGAAGAAUAA